UAGCAUUGUAUACCUGGGAAUUCUUGCUGUUACAGAUGGGCCCACCACAUCCACAGCUCGAACCUGCCAGACUUCUUAACUCCUUCUGCUCUGUGGAGAAGAUAUUGCAGUGCAGUUGUUCCUUCCAUGGGAUCCCCACUCCUUCUGUGCAUUGGUGGAUGGACGGUGUUCCUGUGGAUGUGAACAGUGGACAUGGCCACUUCCAGGUGACCUCUACCACACUUGGUCCCUGGGACAACAGCACCCUCAGCCUGGCCAGGGACCCAGAAAUGGGCACAGUUCUUCUCUGUGAGGGGAAGAACCAACAUGGAAUCCAUGGUCUGAGCAUCCUUCUGAUGUCAAGAAGGGGCCCUUUGGCUCCCCAGAUUUUCCUGGAAGCUCUGCUACGGGGUGUUGUCUAUGCAGCCAUGGCAAUCACACUACUUUUUCUCUGCCUCCUCCCCUUCAUAGUGAAACUUCUCAGGACAAAGCAGGCAAAGAAGUGUGCACAGAUGAGAGAACAGAAGAACUCUGUGGCUGAAACAGACCAGGGAUCCCAUUUGAAGUCCAGGGAGCCUAGGAAAUCCAGAACUAAGCUACCCUCUGAGGAGCAGCUCUAGCAAAAAGAAGAUAACCCGAAGCCAAGGAAGACCAUGGAAACUGCAUCAUGUACAAAGUUCCCAUCACCCUGGGAAUUACAAAAACCCAUGGAGA